AUGUAUGCAGCCUCAUAUCUGACAAAGUACCCGCAGAUUCACGUUGGUUCGGAUGGUGCUGGUCGCGCGAAGCUCGCCUUCACCCCCUCGUCCGUCCAUGCAACCAAGGGCUCAAUUAUCACCUUCGUCUUCGACGGUAUUCCGGGCAACCACACCGUCGCCCAAUCUUCUUUCGCCAAGCCCUGCGAGCCCCUCGCUGGUGGCUUCGACACCGGUUUUAUCUUCGUGCCGGUGAACACCGACCCCGCCGCGUCACUCCCGACUUUCAACCUGAUCAUCGAGGAUGACACCAAACCCAUUUGGUUCUACUGCGCUCAGCUAAGCCCCAAACCUCACUGCAUGGAUGGCAUGGUUGGCGCCAUAAACGCGCCCGCGUCUGGCAACACCUUCUCAUCGUAUGUCAAGUUGGCGAAG